AUGGUCUCUAAUAUCACAAUAGUGGUCGGCGCUAGCAGAGGCAUAGGUGUCGAACUUGCAAAGCACUUGGCUCAGACCCCAGGAACCCAUGUCGUGGCCACCAUGCACAAAGGCUUCAGCCUGGAACUGCCCAACGUCGAAGUCAUCCAGCUUGACCAAAGCAAAACAGAUUCUGUCCAUGCCGCAGCCAGAAAGGUCAAAGAAGCAGAUACACUCAUUGUGAAUGGAGCUAUCGGCGAGGACGAGCUUCUCACAGCGCAUCGAGUGGUCAACGCAUUUCUGCCUCCUCUUCGAGUAGGCAACACACGACGAAUCAUUUAUAUCUCUUCCACAGCGGCUUCUUUGACCAAGCAGGUCGGUGAGCCAUGGGGACUCCAUGGGCCAUAUGCCGAUAGCAAGACAGCUGGCAAUAUGUUGACCGUCCAAUACCACAAAGAGCUUCACGACGAUGGGUUCAAGGUGGUGUUCAUUCAUCCAGGUUGGGUCGCGACGGAUAUGGGCAAUCUCGCUGGCCCGGGGGCCAUGCCGGUGACGGAAUCGGUGCAGAAGAUCAUGGAGAUCGUAAAUGGCCUGAGCAGGACUGAUGGUGCCAAAUUCUUCGACAUGGAUGGAACAACUUUGCCAUGGUAA